GCAUUCGCUUGCGGCAAUAGCAACACUCGGAGGUGACUUUCAUUUUCACUGUUGCAAAGAACAAAAACAAAAGAAAAGGACAACGAAGAUUUCUGAAAAUUCUCUUGGUUUACGCGCCCCGUCAUUGCAUUAAGUGCUAGGACGGCGUCGAGGAAAGGCAAUCAGUCUGCUCGCGUGGGAAGAAGUCGUCAGUAAGGUCACUCUCAUCGCCAAAAUCAAGGACUCAUCAUGGCGACCGAGAAGAAAUGGUUGUGGAAGGCCACCAUGGCGGAGAAGUUCUUCGAUGCGUCCAACCGGUAUCAGACCUUCAUGGUAAGUUACCAGCUGACCGUCGCCACCGCCGCCCCCCUUCUCGAGGACCAGGUUGCCACCGCGCUCUCACACCUCUACAGAAAAACGCCCAAUUUGAGAGCGUGCUUUGACCAGCGGGACGGACACACCUGGCUCAGAGAGAUGACACAAGAGAAUGUUGAUUUUGAGAUGUUGCCAGAAACCGCAUCAGCAGCCGAGACAUUGCAAAAUCUGAGGAAUUACCACUACGACUCCAACACGGGUCCCUUAUGGUGUGCCAAGCUGCGGUCCGGGUCUCCCUCGGAAGGCGCGGCGAACGAAAUGCGGGGUUUCCCACAUCUGUACACAUUCUUCCUUGGCUUCCACCAUGGAAUUACCGAUGGCACAAGCACCAUGAAGAUCUGCGGUUUCCUGGUCCAGCUUCUUAACGACGUAAUUUCCGGGAAGACUAUCGAUGACGUCGAACAAUUCGGCAUUUUCAUCUCCGGCGAAGUGACGCAGAAGAUCGUGGACGAGCGCGUUGCCGCCAUGAAGGCAGACCCGGAGACCCUGCAGAAGAUGAUAGGUGAGUCGGAGGCGCACAAGAGCGAUUGUUCUAUAUUAAACCUGACUUACAGAGACGCGAAAGAGGAAGAGUGCAAUACCAAGUAUGUAACACGAGACUUAGACGUAGAUACAACUAGCGCCUUCUUUAAGAAGAGUCGUGCGGAGUCAGUCACCGUCAACACAGCCUUCGCAGCUCUCGCCUACGCAGCCAUGGUUGACCUGCUGGCUCUUAAGGGCCUCGAGCAAGAUUCGUACAAAAUUCGCAGCGACCAUGUCGUAAGUGUGCGCCGGUACUGGGAUGAGGACGGCUCCAAGUAUCUCGGGUGUCACAUUCUGCCUCCGAUGCCCAUAACUGUUGAAAUACCAAGACAUAUCGGCGACAAGUUCUGGGAUUUCGCAAGAUCCUUGCACAAGGAAAUACAAAGCGAACUCAAAGCUGGAGCAGUAGUGCGAGAAGAAGCGCUGAAAACCUAUUUCAUGCCAGAAAACGUAAAUUAUGACGAGUUUUUCCAAAGCUCUCAGUCAGGACCAGCUAACAACACGUGCGACUUCUGUGUGUCCAACAUGGGCGAUGUGACAAAGCUGGUGACAGAGGGCGGCG